GGUACAAAAAAAAGGCUGACCACAUAUGUUGACAGAUCGUGCUUCGUGAUCAGUUCUUUCAUUUGGGUUGUGGAGAGCCAGCGAGAACAACGUCGAAUUAGGUAUCAGAAACAGUGAUUUCUAUACUUCCAAACAAAAAUGAAGAGUCUCGUGAUUUUUGCAAUCGUGUUAAUCACAUCCGUCCUCCUGCAUGUCAUACAAGCAGAGGAUUCGAAUGUCACACAUGAUAUGUUAAAAGAAUCGACAAGGGGAGAAGAGCUGGAUUUAAAGACUUGUAAUGGCAAUAGGUACCUAUUCGGUAGCUCAAAAAACGGAUGCACUCUCGAGAACAAAAUAAAUGACCAGAUUAAAAGAGAAAUGGAUGCUUUUCACACAUAUUUACAGAUGGGAUACUUCUUUGCACACGAAGAUUACAACUUGCCACAUUUGAGCAAUUACUUUUUGGAAAGCGCCAAGGAAGAAUUGAAACAUGCACAGAGUAUGAUGGAGUAUCAGGUGUUGCGUGGAGCUCAUGUUCAAUUUAGCAAAUUUUCCUUCGAAACUCCAACCGUCAGCUUUAAAUCAGCACUUCAAGCAUUGAAGAAAGCCCUUGAAAUUGAAACUGAUAUCACGAAGGAAAUCAUCAAGAUUUGGAAAAAAGCAUCUGAAUACAACGAUGUUCAUAUGUCAGACUUUUUGGAGACUAACUUUGUUACGGAGCAAUACGAAGCAUUGAAAAGUAUAAGAGUUUGAUCAAAACAUAGGAACGAAUGACAAAAGACAGCAAGGACAAGGCACUCCAGAAACUUGCCGAAUUAAAGUUUGGCAAGCUUGUGAUGAAGGAUUUCAAGUAUUAUUGAUUGCAAACACAAAAGGUGUAGUUUUUAUCAGCAUGAAUUAUAAGGUCGAAAAAUUUUAGGAAAAUUUGGAAUGAUUAAUCAUCUUGUUUGAGAACGUUAGGAAUCAAAUUAUGAUACUAGUCCGACAUCUUCUUUGGUCGGUAACUGAAAUCAUUUCUUUUUAAUGUUGUAAUUGACUUCUGAUAA